CUCCUUUCAUUGCAUUAUUUCUUUAUUAUUGAUCACACUUUAACUCUGUCAGCAUUUCCUGCUCUGGUUUAAUCCCAGCCGUUAACCUGGAAAACUUUAACGUUCUUUCAGUCGUCUGGAGGUUUUUACUGGACACAAGCUCUGAUUUUACCAGAUGAACAUGAACCUCUGACUGACCUUUAGCCAGAGGAAGCAGGUUAAAGGUCGGAGGUGACUGAUGGAUGGACUUCCUGUCUGCCCUCAGGACCUGGCGGCGCUGGUAGCUAACGGCACGGUGACCAGCAAACCUCCGGUCACCCUGCGACUCGUCAUCCCGGCCAGCCAGUGCGGCUCGCUCAUCGGCAAAGGAGGGUCAAAGAUCAAGGAGAUCAGAGAGACGACAGGUGCGCAGGUUCAGGUGGCCGGCGACCUUCUCCCCAACUCCACGGAGAGGGAGGUGACGAUAUCCGGAGGGCAGGACGCCAUCAUCCAGUGUGUGAAGCUGAUCUGCACGGUGAUCCUGGAGUCUCCACCGAAAGGAGCAACCAUUCCAUACCGGCCUAGUCCAAGUCCAGGAACGGUGCUGCUGGCAGGAAACCAGGUGUUUGAGGCCUCGGACUUUGGAUCUCACCCGCUGUUCUCCGUGGCUCAGGGCGGACUGGACCUGCAGCAGACGUACGCGGUUCAGAGCCACUACGGCAUUCCACAUUCAGAGGUAAAACCCGUUUCUGGGAGCGAUUCCCGCUCAGCUCCGUCGUCUCACGGCUUCUGCUCUCCGUUUGUCCGUCAGUUGGUGAAGCUGCAGCAGCUGUCCAUGCAGCAGCAGGGCCUGGCGUCCAUCAGCCAGGCGGCCACCGUCCUGCCCGGAGCGGUGGAAGCAAAUUCCCAAACCACGUCUCAGGAGCUCCUCAUUCCGAACGAUCUGAUUGGAUCAAUCAUCGGUCGCCAGGGAACCAAAAUAAAUGAGAUCCGGCAGGUGUCUGGGGCUCAGAUCAAGAUCGGCAGUCAGAUCGACAGCAGCAGCGACCGCCAUGUGACCAUCACCGGCACGCCGAUCGCCAUCAACCUGGCUCAGUAUUUAAUCACCUCAUGUUUAGAGACCGCCAAAUCCACCGCCCAGUCCUCCUCCAUGUCGUCUCCCGUUGACCUGACCAUGAGCUUCACCCAGCCCGCCCCCCCCGCCUCCGCCUCGUCCUCCUCCUCCUCCCCCCUGGCAGCGAUGGGUGCUGCACUGCCCCACGCUCCGAUCCUGGGCGCCCCCUACGCCUUUCCCCUCUCCAGCCUCCUGGGAGUGAAAUCCAUCCCCUACCUGGCACUGUCCACCCCUCCCGCCUCCGCAGCAGCAGCAGCGGCGGCGGCGGCGGCCGCCAUCGGCGCGCCGGUGAUCCCGAGCUCGGUGCAGACGGCGGCCACGGCGGCGGUUCCCGUCCCGGCUCACGCGGCGGCCGCGCUGGCGUCCUACACGGCCAAGAUCUCAUCGUCCGCCAACGGGAUGAAGAAGCCGGAGAGACAGAAGUUUUCUCCGUACUGAUGAAGGAGGACGGCCGUCUCUGCGGUGGCUCCUGGGCUGCUCUUCAAACUGCAAGGGCCUCUGAACUCUGUCACUUCCUGUUUCCAUCUCUCUCUUCCUCUCCUGACUGCUAGCAAAGAUCACUGUGGGAUUAUUGGAACAUGCAUGAUUUAUCUAAAAUAAUACCGAUUCUGUGAAGCCAACAGCGAUCAGUGAAGGUGAAGCGAAACCGUUUGGUGACGUUGAGUCCGGUUCCGCUGGACCGCAGCAGAUUUAAAACGCUCAUCUUAGUUUCAGAGUUAAACCAGCUGAACCUGCUGAUCAUCUUCACUGAUGACAAGAAGGAUCCUUUAAACCUGACAAUCACCAAGUAGCUGCAGCGGUUACCUCUCAGGGUCAAUGAGUCCGUCCCGCCUCUCCGUGGUUCACCCUGUAAAUAUACACCGUCCCUGGAAAGAAACGAUUCGACCGUUAUGAGGACGAACCGGGUCAAUAUUCUGCUCCCCGCUUUUAGCCAAGUCCAGUUUAAAACGAGGCGCUGACCAUCAGUUAGUGUUGGUGGCGUUGCUUCAUCCUGGGUUUAAAUCCCAGCUGUUUUCCACGUCAAUCAGAGAUGGCAGCGUUUCUUCAGAGGUCUGAGUGUCUGGGAUGGUCGCUCCGAAGUCCAACCGUUUCUGGACAUUUCACACACACUCUUCACACUCCACUGACCCACCGAGCCGAGCUCCUGUGAAACCCUCCCACUGCGGCAGAUGUCACGGCUUACAGCCGUAAACACGGCAGACAGGAAGGGAUGUUACCAGUUCAGAGGAGGAAAUAAUGAUUAACAAGAUGCAAAACCUCAUUUUAUUUUCCACGUUACUGGGGAGAAAAUCAGCAGAAGCCAUCAGAGGGACGUUUUCCCGCCAAAUCGGACCAGAACCGAGCAGUGGGAGGUCAGGGUUCUGGUUCUCACCGCCUCAGACUAAACAGCUCAAACUGUCCGUCCUGCUGGCUGAACAACCAGCUUCUGGAAGCUCAACAGAGCGGAGACUUUUCCAGGGUUUGUGACAAGAAGAAGAAAAACAACGACGUGAUUUUUGCUCCUGCGGCAUUGAGAAUUGUUUCGUGGGUUCGGCUCGACCUUUAACUCCGUCAACAUAAUAAAACUGAUCGUCACGAGAUUCAAACUUUACCAAAAGCAUUAAGGGUUAAUCACAGUAUCUUAUUGUCACCACAAGGUGGCAGAAGAGUACCAAACUUACUCCAAACUGCAGGAAUAAACGUAGCAAAGAAAGUUUCUGCCUUAAAACAUUUUGUUGGUGCUUGAAGCGAAUCCACACCACUUUCUGCCCGUUUGAACUUUUCCGCUAACAAACACAGAAAACCAGUAAAAUGUUAGUCUCUCUUUAGUUGGUCCAAUCAUAAAUGAGAUGCAUUAUGUUUAAUAAGCCAGCAGCCAUCUUGGAGUUUGAGGCUGAGAAGCUUCAUGUUCAGGCGACGUCUGAGCAAAUCAACCGAUUUGAGUUCAGGUUUUGUACGGAUGGCGAAUCCUGUCAUGUUUUUAUUGGCCGGCUCCGCCCACUAUCGUUUAGCAGCCAUAUUGAAAUCUGAAAAUGGAGGAAGUUGUUUAAGGGGGCUACAUAAAAUGAAUAUGAAUUAUCAUCUUUUUAUUUGUUUUAUCAAUAUGGUGGUUGAUCUGAGACUCCAACAAUCUGCUCCUUUAUUUCCUGCUUUCUACUGACAGCCAUCACAUAUUCAGCAUCCAUGUCAGAAUCUGCAUCGUUUCAUUUUCCAACAAUCCCACAAAGUUGAGCUUCUCUCUGGUUUCUCCUCCCUGGUUGGUUUCAGCAGCUCAGAGUCCGGAGGCGGCGGCUGCCUGCAGCCUGUAAAAGCCAUAAAGACUUUCCAGCUCUCCUUCUGUCUGUCCUGCUCUUUGUCACACUGUAUACUCCUAUAUUUAUUAUUAACCGUUAUGAAAUAUUCCCUCACAGUUUAUAUCACUGAUCACUAACACUGAGCUGACUUUGUAUACGAUGUAAAUGUACUUCCUGCUUCUUGUCUCGUUGGUUUUCUUGUAAAGAUUUUUUUAAGUCUUUUUUCUUUCAAUUAAUUCAGAUUUAUUUAAAUUAUUUUUUAACUUAUUUAGAGAAGUAUUACAGCUAUGGGUUUAGAUGAAAUUCUGUUUCCAAUAUGACUGUAAAACUGUAUUAUGUUUUUUAAGUGUGUGAACCAAUUAACUUUUUCACUGUAACAUUGGUAAUUGUCUGUUUGUGUUGAAGUGUUUCCACUCGUUUGAUCCGUCUGGAUAUCAGAACCGAAAACGUUCUGAAAUCUUUCCUCUGAUUCUGAGCAGAACUAGAACAAGCAGAACUACGGCAACACAGCGACCCAAAAUACUGAACAGCAGGAGGAUUUUUACGGAUAAACAAAACACACAAUAAAUGGAAUAAUAAAUAAAUGAGAUUUAUGGAGUUUAUUAAAAAUGGCUGCUAAUGACAACAUACAUGAUUUUAAGCAGGACAGAGUGGGUUCUGAAAGUACGGAAAGCCAAAAUGAUCAAAACUUUGAUCAAAUAUUUAAAAAAUCAGCUUUUCAGUGGUUUGGUAAAUUGUCUGAAUUCAGAUUAAAUGGAGACUCAAAAUGUGUCUCCACGUUUGAGACCGUCGGGUCGCACAACUUGAACUGGAACUUUGACUUUCUAAACUUCCUAAUAAAACAGAGAUUGUUCCACAAACAGCAGCCAGAUAAACGUAGAGAGAAACAUCAAUGCCAACAAGCUUUUAUUAAAAAGAUACAAAUAAACCAGAAGCAGCAGCUUUAACAAAACAUGUUGAUAUUAUUCUACUAAUUCUAGUUCUGUAGCAGAUUUUCUCUGUUUUUGAUUUUUUUCUUUAAUUUAUUCAUUUUUCUGGAUGAACUGAGGAACAUUUCUCUGGAUCCUCGCUGCUGCUGCAUGUCUGCUUGGCCUCACUAACACACACACACACACACACACACACCAGGCUGCAGCGUCUGGGGAUCAAAGCAAUACUGAGCAGCUUCAGGUUGAACUGGACGUGUUGCAUAAACUUUCUGUUUGUAUUAUUAACUACUGAUGAUGAUGAUGAUGAUUAACAGGCUCACUUAUUUUUAUAAAGUCACAUCACUUCUUUCUUCUUCCUCUUCAUUGUUUCUGUCGUUCCUCCUCCGUCUGCAUGAGUCUGACUUGAAUUGAUGUCUAUGCAAAAACAGUUCUGAGGUCCAGUUCAGGUGGACCCGGUCUGACCCGGUGUGACCUGGACUGGACCGGCGCUCCUGGUUCAGACUCACAACACAUCCGCCCUGAAGACGACUCACCCAUCCUGUCUGCGGGACCCGCCGGGUCGCACAACUUUAUCUCUAUUAUUUCAUUUUAAUCAGAAAUCAGAGGUUAGAUUAACGGUGCACCGAUUUUGGCCUUUGCCAAUUUUUGUCUGAAAUGUUGACUUGCUGAGUUGGCAGCAGUCGGCUCCCUGUUGUGAACUGACCUGGUGGGCGGAGCCUCCCUGCAGAGCAGCGGCUGGUUUCAGACCUUUGCUGAAGUGGAUCAGAUCGGCUUCAUGUGAACAUCAGCAGGUCCGAUCUGUCGGUUCAUCCACAGUUUAGAUGUUUGCAUUAAUUUAACCAAAACAGAUGCUUUGAAUCAUUCAUAAUAAUUAUCGCCUCCUGAAAUGAUCGAAUAUCUGACUCUAAUCAUCUUUGUCAAAAGUAAUUUUAAAUUUUUUUUAUGCAGAAACUAUUGACAACUAUUAAUAAACCUCUUAAUGUAAAUUAAAUGUUAGAUUUUCUUUGUUUAGCUGAAGUAAAAACAAACACACACACACGCAGGUGAAUUUUAAAUCUAAUGCUCAUAAAUAGUUCAUGCUGUUAAAAAUGUUUACGUUUUUAAAUCUACAUUUAGUGUUUUUUUGCUUCUCCAUAUUAACAGCAGGUUAUGAUGGUGCUGAAGAUCUCAGGUGAGGAGCGAAGCAGCGUCUCCAUGAGCAACGAGUCAGAAAAUCAGAUUUACAUCAAACACCUUUUAAACCAGACUGAUAAAUAUUUUCACCCCCUGCUGGGAUCAAGCAAACAUUAGGAUCAAAUAAAGAAAAAAAAGUAAAAAUAAGACAAAAACAUCCUUCAUAUUAUGAAUCCUAUUUAUGUGGCAAAACCAGACCUAACAUUUGGCGUUUCCUGACCUACAGUUGGCCCGUGAACCCCCGCUUGGAAGUGACCUGAUCCUAAAACCUCUCUGAGGAUAUUUCACUGGUUAGACAAACUUCCUGUAGGUCUGACGCAGACAGGAAGUGGAUCUCUGCAGGGAGAUGCAGACAGGAAGUGGAUCUCUGCCGGUGAAGGUGUUGCCUGAGUCUGAACAGCACCAAGCGCUCAGCAGCAGCUGAGGACAGUUAUGAAUAUUAUUGCACUCGAACAUGAAAACUCCAUUAUGACCAGAAGUUCUGUGAGUCCGGUUCCCGUGUGUCUGGGUCAGCGGUUCUGCUUUCUUCCAUCCACGCCAUGUUCCAAUAAACGAGCACUGAAAGAACCGGU